AUGACAGCAGAUGAAAGGAAAUUAUUCAACCACCUCAAAUCUCCUCAUCUGAAAUAUUGGGUUCCAUUCAUCUGGUUUGGAAAUCUUGCAACUAAAGCCCGGAAUGAAGGUAGAAUCAGAGACAGUGUUGAUCUGCAAUCAUUGAUGACUGAAAUGAAUCGAUACCGCUCUUGGUGCAGCCUCUUAUUCGGUUAUGACUGGGUUGGGAUUCCACUGGUUUACACCCAGGUAGCUGAGCAACUCAUCAACCCUUUUGGAGAGGAUGAUGAUGAUUUUGAAACUAACUGGUGCAUUGAUAGAAAUUUGCAGGUCUCUCUUUUAGCUGUGGAUGAGAUGCACAUGAGCCUACCCAAGAUGAAGAAGGACAUUUACUGGGACGAUUCUGCCGCCCGACCACCAUACACACUGGCAGCUGCUGACUACUGCAUACCCUCAUUUCUGGGGUCAACAGUCCAAAUGGGGCUGUCUGAGUACAACUUUCCUGACGAGCAGUGGCUGUGGGAUUAUGAGAAGCACGGCCAUCGGCAUUCCAUGAUUGGACGAGUCAAGCGGUUCCUGAGCACCCACGAACACCCCUCCUCCCCCAGGAGGAGAAGCUACAGGAGGCAGACCAGUGACAGCUCCAUGUUCUUCCCCCGAGACAACCUCAGCCCUGCCAAGGAUCUGCUGGAUGUGCCCUCCAGAAACCCCCGCAGGGCCUCGCCCAGCCCGCAUUCCAGCGUGGGAGAGCUGUCCACAAUCCGGGAGACCAGCCAGACAAGCACUUUACCGAGCCUGACCCCACAGCCCAGUGUGAGGACCUCCCCCACCAAAAUGCCACAGGUCCCCGAGGUAUUGAUCACAGCGGCCAAAGCACCGGCGCCCACAUCAGACGGUGACCACCAUGACUCCACUACCUCCAUCCUGAGCCUUGAGUUUACUGGGGUUCAGCCAAGUGGGACUGGGCAGCAGGAGGGCCCACUAGGGUCAGUCCUGUCCCCCUCAGAGAAGGGGAAACCACCUAGGGGCCCCAGUCCCCAGACCAUUCCAGCCAACACUGAGAGAAACAUAUUCAAGUAUGAAGAAGGCCCUGGUGAUACUGACCAGUUUCUAAAAAGGUGGAGCCUCCCAGAGUUCCUGGACUCCAGCCACACCUCCCCUGUGAGCUCUCAGCCAGCCCUUUUAAUCGACACAGAAACAUCCUCAGAGACCAGUGGAAUCAACUUUAUGGCUGGCUCUCGAGUCUCUCCUGACGUGCUGUAUUUAACGGAAAACCUGGACACCGAGGAAACAGAUAUCAUAGAGCUGAACAACCAGCAAGCCGAGGAAUCGCCCAGAGGAGUGCCGCAGAGUUCGAGGACCUGGUUCUAG